CUCUCUUCAUAACUCUACUACAAUUAUCUUCUUUUCUUCUAAGCAAAAAAUGGCAAUGAAUGGUUUUUCCAAGAUGGCUGCAACAGCUAUUCUCUUAGUCCUAGCCAUUGUCCCAGCUGCUAUGGCUGUGAAUCACACGGUAGGAGGCGCUGAAGAGUGGUCCAGUGGUGUGGACUACACAGAUUGGGUUAAAGGAAAGACUUUCAGGGUUGGUGACAUUCUAGAGUUCAAGUAUGGUUCUUCACACGCGGUGGAUGUGACUACCAAAGCCGGAUAUGAUAACUGCGACACUUCAGAAUCGACAGCGAAUCACUUCGACGGAGACACCAAAAUCGAACUCAAGACAGCUGGAACAAAGUAUUACAUCUGCCCUACACCUGGUCACUGUCAGAAUGGCAUGAAGCUAACAGUUACCGUUGUUGCCGCCUCUCCCGCAACUCCUACGCCGCCAUCUUCAACUCCCGGAACUCCACCUUCCACACCAGGCUCACCUCCGGCUGCCGGAACUCCUCCUUCCACACCAGACUCACCGCCGCCGGCUGGAACUCCCGCCACACCCACACCACCAACUUCUUCUCCUCCUCCACCGAGUGGUGCCUCGAAGGGAGUGAUGAGUUACGUUUUGGUCGGAGUCUCGAUGGUUUUGGGUUAUGGUUUGUGGAUGUAA